AUGUUGACCCGUGCUCGAUCGUUGUUUUCACGUGUUUUUUCACUGGAUACGCCUUCGUCGCAAACUCGACUCGAUGAUGCCUUCGAUGAUAUCGACGACGAUGCAAGUGAUGACAAUGACAAUGACAAUAUUGUCGACGACGAUGACAUUGAAAAUUCAGCAAAUGAUAUCGACAACGAUGAUGGACUGAGUGAUACCGAUGAUGAAUGGUCGAACGGUUCGGCAACGAAAAACAAAGGCAAAUACGAAAGACAAAUCAAUGAAAGUCCGACCAAUUCCACAAUGACGACAAAAACGAAGUCGAACUGUCAUUACACGCGUUCUCAUGAGAAGCCGAAACAGAGGCGUUUGAUUAAUGCCAUGCAAAUAGCCACAUCACGUUGUAAUGUCGAAUCGAUGAAACGUCUAUUGAAUAAUUUUGAGAUCGAUAUUAACCAUCGCGAUCAGUACGGAAUGAGUUACUUAGAACAUGCAAUUCUCAUGGGAAGUUUUGAUAUGGUAGAUCUGCUUGUCAGAUAUGGCUGUGAUUUAUAUCAAGGUGAUUCAAGUGGUCAUUCGUAUUUGUAUGUGGCGAUCGAAACAACAACGAAUAAGUCCUUGCCAAUUAUUCGUCUUCUGCUUGAAUCGAAUUGUUCCUGUUUACGUUUGAUGGACAUUGUGUCACUAUCAUCUCCUCAACAAAUCAUUUACAUCAAUUCUCAAGAUUUCCUUCUGCUAAAUGCGCAUUUAUUAUUAAUAUUGAAAUAUCAUCUACGUCGAAUGGUUCUAAAUGAUGUUCUGAACCUCGUCACUUAUUUAGUUAAAACAAACAUUUUGCUUUGUAAAAACGAUGAACACUACGGUCUGAGUUCGUGCACGAAAACGACAUUAAACCAUUUUAAUUACGAUUAUAUUCAUCUGUUCAUUCGAGCACUCGGUGUUAAACAUGCAUUGAAACUCGAACAAAAAUUGCUAUGUGUACAAACAUAUCCAUCUGGUUUAAUCUCGGUCACAAAUGCUGAUCUACAGCCGUACACCAACCGGAUUCAUGAAUUGAUCAAACAAACGCCGGAAUUACGACAUUUGUGUCGAUUGUUAAUUCGACAAAACUUAAAGAAUUUCAAACCAUCGACAUUACAGUCAAUUGUUUUAACAGCAAAACUGCAAGACUACCUUUUAUACACACCAAUCUAA